GUGUGUAUGUCACUUUCGUUGAAUUCCCGAAGAAGAAGAACUUCGAUCUUCAAGUUAGUUGAGAAAGAAAGAGGACCGAAAUUCUUGUGUGCAGUACUUCUCUUGAGCUCAAACAAAUUGUCUUUGUUUGUAUUUAACACAUUACUUGGAAAUACUAGUUGGAAGCUGAUUUCUCUCGGCUCUCUUGGCGGUUCCGUGAUCUCACCGCGGUUUUCUGUUUAGGAUGCCUUAGUAGGAGCUGUCAGUUGUUCUCUGAGGCAUCAUAGUUCAAACCUACGAAGUAGAGGGUCAUUGUGGCCUUGACGGCCUGAAGCGCAAGCUGUGUAGCCACUAGCAGCACCUUUCCAGUGGGCACACUGUCCAGCUAUCAUGGCAUUCUUCAAGAAUGUCUUCGGUAGGGCCGGGAAGAAGGAGAAAAGGGAGUUCCCGAACAUCACAAUGAAUGUGGACCCUGAGGAGCACUGGGAACUUGUCGGAGAGCUUGGUGACGGAGCAUUUGGAAAAGUUUAUAAGGCCAAACAUAGAGAGAAUGGCAGAAUAGCAGCUGCCAAAAUUGUCGAGCUAAAUUCGGACGAAGAUCUGGAUGACUUUGCGGUGGAGAUCGAUAUCCUCGUGGAGUGUGCAGAAUCCCAGUAUGUAAUCAAGCUGCACGAGUCAUACUUGUUCAAGAAUAAGCUUUGGAUGCUCAUUGAGUUUUGUGCUGGCGGUGCAAUGGAUGACGUCCUUCAAGAGCUUAACCAUGGACUUAAUGAAGGGCAGAUGAAAGUAGUGACUCGACACAUGUUUGAGGCCCUCGCGUUCAUGCAUGACAAGCACAUCAUUCAUCGAGACUUGAAAGCAGGCAACCUUUUGCUCUGCUCCGAUGGCAUGGUCAAACUUGCUGAUUUUGGAGUGUCGGCACUCAACAAGAAUGCAAAACAAAAGCGCGACUCUUUCAUUGGUACCCCAUUCUGGAUGGCACCAGAGGUGAUAGCAUGUGAAACGAAUAAGGAUAUUCCCUACGACUACAAGGCGGAUAUCUGGUCAGCGGGAAUCACAAUGAUUGAGCUGGCAGAUGUUAACCCACCCAAUUAUGAGAUGCAUCCCAUGCGCGUGCUAUUCAAAAUUCCCAAGGCUGACCCACCCACCGUCUUAGCCCCACGGAAAUGGUCCAAGCACUUCAACGACUUUGUAGCCAAGUGUCUGGUGAAGGAGCCCGAUGACAGGCCGACUGCGCUGGAAAUGCUCGAGCACCCUUUCCUGCAAGGCGUUGACUCUACACAGGAGACGAAAGUCCUCUUUGCUGAAAUUCGUGCAGAUUUCGAGGACAUCAUUCAGGAACUCGACGAGCAGACCACAGAAUCGGCUACGAAUGACUCCAUGGACGUCCCUGACACAAAGCAGAGUUCCCCAUCCCAGGGUAGUCCUUCUUCAACGGGCUGUAGCUUCAAUCCGCCAGAGUGCUCAAGAUCUAACUCCUGUGCGAGUCUGAAGACAACAUCGAAAGAAGAUGACAAACCAAGCAACUUCAAGACCCUGAAACGAGUCCGGACUUACAAGGUUGACGGCAAGGAGUACUCUUCAACGAUGGAAGUGAUCAUUGAUGUUAACAAGGGUAAAUCUGUGGAACAGCAGGGCGAGCGGCUUUUGCAAGCCCAACGGAAACUAGAAGUUCGGGAACGGAAAAUCCUUCAACGUGAAGAAGUGAAGGAAACCCAAACGCUGUUCACCAUCAUUCAGCGCGACAAGGAGGAGCAGGAGCGCCGCUUUGAGAGCACACGACAGGAGCUGGAGAAGAAAUACGACAACCAGCUCGAAGGACUGGCCAGGGCACAAAAGAAGGAGAUGGAGAAGUUUGAGAAGAAGCAGAAAGACGACUAUCUGGUUCAGGCUAAACAGAUAAAGGCAACUCAAACAGAGGACCUGAAGAAGUUCAAGAAGGACAGCAAAACCCAGGAGAAGGCGGAGGAGAAAUCAAUGGCAUCGACGCUUGAGGCACAAUAUAAAAACAAGUCUGAGAGGAAGACAGCGCAGAAACGAUGGAAAACCGAGUAUGUAGAAUCAAUGAAUGAGAAGGAGAAGCAGUUUGAGCAAGAACAGCAGACAGCAUUUGAGCAGAACUGUGACUCGCUGAAACAAUCAAGUCGGGAUGCAUGUCGAGAUCUAGAGGCUGAUCUGCUAGCCAAACGUCAUGAGCUAAUUCAACGACGCGAGAUGGAUUACUGGGACAAUGAGCAGCGUCACUUCGACGAGCACUACCACCUGUCCAACACUCAGCUGAGGGAGGCAUUCCGUCUUCAGGGCCACCAGAUGACGGAACGCCAUAAGAAGGAAGUAGCCCAGCACAAUAGACGAACGGCCAUCAAAGUAGACAUUGUCAAUCGCCGACAUGCCAUUGAGAACAAGACAGUGCCACAGAACCUAAAGAAGCAGAAGGCUACUGCACUGGCAAACAUUCGCAAGCAGCUCAAGAAGAAGUCAGUGUCGCGGCACGAAGAGAAGGAGACACUCAAGAAGUGCGAGUCGGACUUGGUGAAGAAGCAAAAUGAGGAGCUAGAUAAGCUGCACCAGAAGCAGAGCGAAGAGCUAGAGGAAGUCAAUACAAAUGGUGAAACUGCGCUGACGGAGCUGUACGGCUUACAGGAACUUAAGAUUCAGGAGCUGAAGGAGCGAGAGGAUCAGAAACUCACUGAGCACUCCACAACUUAUAAGUCCCAGCUGGAGGAGUACGAUACACGACUGGCAAAGCGCAAGACUGAACUUGAGUCAGAGUUUGCACUGCAGCGAGAGCAGCUGCUCGCAUUCUACAAGGACCCGCAGAAUAAUAGAUCGCCCACUCCCCGCCGUCGUAUCAUCAACGGCACGUAACCGGGUAUUAGAUGAAGCAAUUGGCGAAGUGCCCUGCUUGCUCCGCGUCCAUUGCUGAAUUGCAUUUCAGGACAGUCCUGUUUGGGAGAGGGACGCCUCAUUGACACUC